AUGAAUGAGGAAGAGAAAUCACAUGUAAGUACAUGGAUUAAUAUUGAAUUCGGGAAACCUGUAUUUUUCGAAUAUCCAAAGUAUUUGGAAGUAUUGGAAAGUGAUGAAUUAGAUGAUGAAGUUACCAUGUGGUAUAAAUUUGCAUCUAUGGAGAAAUCAAGUAAUUUGCAAAAUCGUUUAUACAAGGAUAUGGAAGAUAUAAAACAUGUAUUAUUUGUAUCAAUCGUUCAUUUGAUUCUUCGACAAGAAGUUAAGCUAUCAACUUUAUGGUAUGUUCCUGAUUUAUGUAAACCCAAACUUGGAAACAUUUGCUUGGAUUUGUUGACGAAUAUCGAUGCUAUGCAAGACACUAUUUCAACAUUUGAUUUAUUAUCUGCACUUGUAAGAAAUUGUACCGGGCUUGAUGAAUUGUAUUUGAAGCUUGAAGAAUCUAAUGAUCAUAAGAAAUUGCGGAUUAAAGAAAAUUAUUUUAGUUUUAGAAGCUCAAGCCAACAGUUUGAUUUUAGUAGAAUUUGUUCAGUGAGCGUUUAUAUUGAAACUUCAGUUGGUGAUAUAGUUAUAGAUCUUCACACAAAACUCUGUCCAAAUACAUGUUUAAAUUUUUUAAAAUUAUGUAAAAUUAAAUAUUAUAAUUUCUGUUGUUUUCAUAAUGUUCAAAAAGAUUUUAUGGUACAAACGGGAGAUCCAACAGCGACCGGUAUGGGAGGAGAGUCAAUAUUUGGUAUCUUAUAUGGACCGACGAAAAAAUAUUUUCCGGCAGAGAUAAGAUCGAAAUUAAAGCAUAAAAAAUUGGGUACAGUUUCAAUGGCGGUGGCAAGUGAUGGAGCGGAAGGUAAAGGAGGGGUUAGUGGAUCACAAUUCUUUAUUACGACGGGAGAAAAUUUAGAUUAUUUAGAUGGUAAAUAUACAGUAUUUGGAGAAGUAGCGGAAGGAUUUGAUACUCUAGAAAAGAUUAAUAAUAUGUAUUGUGAUGAAAUUGGAAGACCAUAUAAAGAUAUUCGAAUCAAACAUACUCAUAUACUUGAAGAUCCAUUUCCUGAUCCUGAUGGUCUUCAAGUACCUGAUAAAAGUCCUUCACCGACGAAAGAAAUGUUAGAAACCGUGAGAAUAGGAGAAGAUGAAAGCAUCGAACCUGAAUUACCGCCUGAAGAAAUGGAGAAAAUAAAAAGGCAUCGAGAAGCUCAAGCACAAGCAUUAACAUUAGAAAUGAUUGGCGAUAUACCUUUUGCUGAAGUGAAACCGCCGGAAAAUGUUUUAUUUGUAUGUAAAUUAAAUCAAGUGACGAGAGAUGAGGAUUUAGAAUUAAUUUUUUCAAGAUUUGGUACUAUUAAUAGUUGUGAAAUUAUACGGGAUAAAAAAUCUGGUGAUUCUUUAGGUUACGCAUUUAUUGAAUUUGACAAUAAGGAAGAUUGUGAAACCGCUUAUUUUAAAAUGAAUAACGUUUUAAUUGAUGAUAGAAGAAUUAAAGUAGAUUUUUCUCAAUCUGUUUCAAAGCUUCAUAAAGAUUGGUUAAGCUCAAAAAUGAAAAAAAGUGGUGGAGGUUAUGGAGGAUCUAUGAGUUUGGAGAAACGGACAAAAUAUCGAGCAGGAGAUGAUGAACCUGUCGAUAAAUAUGAUCUCGUGUUUGAUCAUACAGACAAUUAUAAUAAUGAAAAACAAAAGAAUGAAGAAGAAAGAGGUCUCGAUUUACAAGUCCACCAUCUAGAGGAAGGUCAGAUAGAGAUCGUGGAAGAUAUGAGAGGCAUGAGAAGUACGAGAGAAGAGAUAGGGAAAGAGAUCGUGGUCGUUACCGAUCAAGGUCGAGAUCACGUUCAAGAGAUAGAAAAAGAGGUAGAAGAUGAUUAUUAUUUUAAUAAAAAUAAAAAGCUACGAUAA